ACGAACAGUCGGUACCCAGCACUGAUAAUCAAACGGUCAAAGUACGGUUUGUACGAUUGGGUGUGUUAUACUUCAGUUUCAUAGCAGUUUCAUUGGCCCUUGGACCCUACCGGAUAACGUCAAGUAGUUUCUGCAAAAAUAUGCAAUCGUCAGAUUUUUGUACGUCAAAAUUCAUAUGACUUCACAGGUUUUGCUGACUGUUAUUACAGUGCGUAUACAUUUCUUAUCAUAGUGAACACAUCCUGGAUUUAUUAAUUGCUUGCGAAAGGAUUAGUUCUACUCCAUAGCAGAGCGGGAGAAGUAAUAUUGCUGUCUUCAUAUACUGAGAAUAUGACGCGUAUGUGGUGGGCACAGUUCUUUGUACUAGUGCAACUUACACAGCUUGUGACUACCCGUCCACCGGAGUUCCGAUGUCAAGACGAUUUUGACGGUAUUGGUCCCAAUUGCGAUGGCACUUAUGAGUAUCGCGAUAUGAACAAAUUUCAGAUAGAGGAAACAACUGAAGUGAAUAAAUUACUCUAUACUCUAGAGGCUUUUGACCCUGAUGGUACGGCAGUCAGUUACGACAUUGUUUCAUACACUGCGGAUACGAAUCCAUACGAAGAAGAUGGUUUCGGUUACAUCAAUGUUGAUCGAACAACAGGAAACGUAUCGACAAAAGCCGAAAUUGAUUAUGAGGCUGUGCAUCUUUUAUGGAUUAGAUGGAAACUGACAGAUAGUACCAGUGAAGAGACCUUGAAAUCGGUAUCUGUAUUCGUGAAAGACGUCAAUGACAAUGAUCCAAAAUUCACAUCGGAAAGAUAUCAGCUACAGGAAGCCGUCAAAGAGGGAUCCAUGACAUCGAAUGAUGUCAUCUUUACAGUCAGUGCGAGCGAUGAUGAUUCAGAGGAAACAAUUCGCUAUGACAUUAUUGAGGAUCAUCAAGACUGGCCGUGCAAUGGCGACUUAUUUGAAAUUGAUGCAAUCAGUGGCAAUAUCACUCUCAAGGUGAACACAUCACUGGAUUUUGAGAUCAACACACAGUACACAAUCUGUGUCCGUGCUAGUGACUCUGGGAAGCCAUCUGGUGAGCCACGGUAUGACUAUGCCCAGGUCAUUGUCUAUGUUCAAGAUGAACAAGACACAGCACCAUUCUUUACCAUAACUAAUUAUGACCGUGAGAUCACUGAAGAUGAGCCUCUGGGUUUUGGAGUUAUAAGAGUGACGGCAAGAGAUGGAGACAGGGGUGUCUUUACACCCAAUGUAAUUGAAUACAGCUUAGUGGGAGGAGAUGACAAGUUUGAAAUUAACAAUGGCACAGGCCAGAUAACCAUUAAAGCAAUGUUGGAUCGAGAAACAAAGUCAUCACAUAUUGUCACAGUAACGGCCCAGGAAAUUCGAGCAGAUGGUACACCAGAAGUACAGCCGAGUUCUGCAGAAGUCAAUAUUACCUUCCAAGUAGGUGACAUAGACGAUGAAAAUGCAACCUUCUCCUCCCGGGCAGAAAGGACAUCACUUCCAGAGAACUCACUCCAAGGAAGCUUUGUGCCUCUGAAUGAACUCUCUGUCUCUGACACUGACCAGGCACCAAAUAAUGAGUUUAAAUUACUUCUUGGAGGAGCCGAUAAAGAUACCUUCAGGAUUCAAAAUGAAAACGUAAGAGGUGAAGCCACUGUUGAUGUGCGAGUCAAAAACAACACACUUCUAGACUUUGAGAGAAGGCAGUACCUUGAUUUUGAGAUUUAUGCAACGAAUGGAGAUGGGGUUGUGUAUGAUGUUGCCCGUGUCCUUGUAAACAUCACAGAUCAAAACGAUGAAACACCAACAUUCAGUCAGCAGCAGUACAGCUUUGAAGUUCAGGAGAACUCACGAGGAGUCUUUGUUGGUGAUGUCAAUGCAACGGAUGCAGACUCAGAACCCUUCAGUCAAGUUACUUAUCAACUCUUCGGCCUGGGAGACAAUCCCCAAUUUGCAAUGGACCGCAUGACAGGAGAGAUAACAACCAGGCCAGAUUCAUCUUUAGAUUUUGAGGGACAGAAGGUGUAUUUUUUCACCUGUGUCGCAACGGACGGUGAACGCAGUGGGACUGCCACAGUACAGAUUGAACUGACAGACCAGAAUGACAAUGCACCAGCAUUCAGCUCUGAGACAUAUACUGCACAAGUUGAUGAAAACACCAUACCAGAGAGCUCUCUGCUAUCAGUUUCGGCCACUGACCGUGAUCGAGACAACCAGGUUUCCUUCAGCUUGUUCAAUGAUUCCUACUCGGAGAGGUUCGAGAUUUCCAGUGCUGGAGAGCUCAAAUUACUUCAGAAAUUAGACUUUGAAGAAGAUGGACCGACAAUCAAGUUGAUUGUUGUUGCUACAGACAGUGGGAGUCCACCACAGUCAGCUAAUGCAACAGUUAUUGUUAGAAUUCAAGACAUGAAUGAUCAAUCUCCGAUCUUCACAGAGAAAGUCUAUGAUGGCAAUGUGUCAGAAGAUGCAACAAGAGGAACGUUGGUCCUCAAAGUGAGUGCCACAGACGAUGACCAGGAAAACACUGUGAACUCUCGUAUCGACUACUUCUUUGUCGAUAGUGUCUCUGACUUCCGCCUUAGCAUCGCUACAGGGGAGGUCACUGUGAACUCGGACAACUUGGAUCGGGACAUACAGGGGAAUUAUUCUUUAGAAGUAAUUGCCAUUGACCGAGGUGAACCUGCCAGAAAUGGCACUUGUUAUGUUAACAUUACUUUGACUGAUGUCAACAACAAGCCUCCUAUCUUCAAAGACCAAGCCCCAACAGCCGAGAUAUAUGAAAAUGCUACGGUGAACUCACCAGUUACCAUAGUUACAGCAGUUGAUCCAGAUAAAACAGCAUAUCUGUCAUAUACCAUUAUCAGUGUAGCAGCUUUGGAUGAAGAUGGAAACGAUGUCUCGGGAAGCUUUGGAGAAAAUUUUUGGAUCGACAACAAAACAGGAGAAGUGUUCACAGGCGACACUUUAAAUCGAGAAGUAGUAGCCACAUUUGAUAUUAAAAUAACUGUGGAGGAUUUGAAUGGACAGCAGGGUACAGAUCAGGAAAACCAAGUAACACUGAUAGUCAACAUUUUGGAUAUCAACGACAAUGCCCCAGAAUUUAGUGAAACAAACUAUCAGUUUACAGUGACAGAAAACACGGCUGUAGACACUGUCAUAUCAACUAGCAUUGGGGCAACGGAUAAGGACCAAGGUGACAAUGCUGUGAUCAGAUUCAGACUUGCAGAUGAUGUUGAUUCACUGAUGAAGAUUGACUCAACUUCAGGAACUCUCUCUGUCAAUGGAACAUUUGACCGGGAAAAAUAUCCAAACUACACUGCCUUGGUGGUGGCAUUUGACAAAGGUUACCCAGAACUUUCAAGCGAUGCAACUAUUGUGAUUAUCAUCAAUGAUAUCAACGACAACGACCCAGAGUUUAACACAAGUAUGAACUACGAGGCUGAAAUUCCUGAGAACUUCAAAAACCAGACAACCAUUCUCCAGGCUAUUGCUACCGAUGCCGAUGGAAGUGAGAAAUUUGGCAGUGUAACAUAUGAAAUCAGCGCCGGAAAUCCAGAUGACAUAUUCUGUGUUGAUGAAUUUGAGGGUGAUGUGAUGAUUUGUUACGACAAAGAACUUGAUCGAGAGGAGGAGGAAAUAUAUAGGCUGACUGUUUCUGCCAGCGAUGGAGAAAGAAUAGCAAAUAAACAGGUGACAAUCAAAGUCCUGGACAUUAAUGAUAACCCACCUGAGUUCACCUCUCAGCCUGGUAAGUUAUUUCUUCAAGAAAGUGUUGAUGUUGGACAGUUAGUGACAACCCUCACUGCCACAGACGUGGAUGAACCAAACACCAACAACAGUAAAGUGGUCUAUGACAUCUCUGCAGGAAAUAGCCGCGGACUUUUCGAAAUCACCACAGAAAGAGGUGGAGGAGUAAUUCGUACAGCUGCAAGCCUUAGCAAUGAAGUUGGUGUUUACAACUUGCAUGUGGUUGCCAUGGAUGCAGGGAUGCCACCUCUGAAAUCAGAACCCUUAUUUCUGGCAAUUGAAGUCACAGAUGUAAAUGACGACACACCAGAAAUAAUAUUCCCCAGAGAUCUUGAUGUUUUCUACAUUCUUGAGAAUUACACAGGAUUUGUGUUGAAUGUUACUGCAAAAGACACAGAUUCCGGACCUAAUGGAGACGUCUUUUUCAGGUUUAUUGAUUCUGUUGGUGAGAACGGCCUGGAUAGCAAAUACUUUGAUAUGAUCCAGGUGGAUAACUACACAGUUGCAAUAAACAUUCAUACUGUAACUGACCGAGAAACCAAGGAGAUAUAUGAACUGAAGGUCGAAGUGAAAGACAGAGGCCCAUUUCCACUUGCAUCCCAAAUCUCCUUCACAGUCCAAGUCAACGACACAGAUGACAAUGAACCACUCUUCUGGACCGAUCCAUCCAAUAAACCAGCGGCGGAAUUUAGUGUUUUGGAGAAUGAUGGCUCUGCAGUAAUUGGCUCUGUAGAUUUCGCUGCUGACGCUGAUGAACCUCAAAAUUGGCAUAUCUACUAUUUCAUCGUUGAUGGAAACAGUGAAGAACAAGCCAAGGAGUCAUUCAAACUCGACAAGACUUCUGGAGAGCUCUCCCUGCAGAAACCACUAGACCGUGAACAAAACCAAACUCAUAUGCUGGUUGUCAAGGUGACAAGUGAUGAGGAUUUCAUUCCAGUAGCUCCAAUUCCAUACAAUGAAGACGACAACACCUUACUGCCUGUUACUGUUACAGUUAAGGAUGAAAAUGACAAUGGCCCUGCUUUCUAUGUUGAAGACAAACUUUACACCGGAGGUGUGAAGUAUAAUGCUGAGUUUGAAAGCGAGGUCAUCAAAGUGGAAGCUAUAGACAGUGAUGUUGGUGAAUAUGCUAUUGUGGUAUACAAAAUUACAGAACAAAAAUACACAAGCACAGAUGGGGUUGUACGAGAAGACAACGCCUUUGCCAUCAUUGAAAGAACAGGCUCUGUGAUCACCAAUAGGGUCUUUGAAAAAGGCGAUGCUGGGUACUUCACUAUCAGGGUAGAGGCUAGUGACAGCAAAAACGAUGCAUUCAAAGACGAAGCAACAGUUUCGAUCUACAUCUACAGUGAAGAACAACAAGUUGAAAUGACAAUCUUCAAAUCCACUGAUGAGGUCCGAGGGUACGAAGAAAGAUUUAAAGAUGUCAUUGAGGAAAUCAUCUUGAAGUAUGGUGUCCUUAAUUCCAAUCCUUCAGUCAAGAGGGCAACCAGUGCCAUCACUCCCGCUGUUGUCAUUGAUGAUAUCCAAAUCUUGGUGGUUGAUGAUGCGCCUAAGCCAGGAUGGAGCAUCAUGAGAUUCCAUGUCACCAACAAAGCAGAUAACACCAUCAUAGCACCAAGUGUCAUUGUAAAAGCCAUAGAUGAUGCAUAUGACUACACGGAGAUUAUUCGCACUGAAUUUGGCGUGGAGGAUGUAGUAAUUGCAAUUCCUCCCACUGAGCCGCCACCAGACUUGACUUGGAUCCAGUGGCUGCUGGUUGGUAUCCUGUGUGCUGUUGUGGUGUUUGCUGUUGGACUUGUGGCUACCAUCUGUAUCAUGCGCUCUGGCUACAGGAGAAAGCUUCGUGCAGCAACAGCAGGCACCUAUGAGCGGAUUAUUCCUUCCUCCAAUGCAAACCAUGCACCCAACACCAACCAGUUUACAGAGCCUGGGUCCAAUCCACUGUUUAACAAAAAGCUUAGUGAUGAGUUUGAGAACAGAUAUGUAGAGACCCCAGAGGAUGCUGAAGAAGCAGCGGAAGACAAGAAGAAAGAAAAGAUGAGCAAUGGACAUGCCAAGCAGAUAGCUGAUGAUUCCAUUUCCAACAGCGAGGACCAGGAAAUAGUUGUGGAUAUGUUUGAUGACUCUGCCGACUAUGAGGAGGUUCCAGACAAUGAAACAGGUGACAAGCUUCUCAUGGAGGUACUCGCCGACUACGAUAAGGAAAAAAAAGGCCAAGUCAAUCUGGCAGGGUUUGCUGAGCUGACAAUCACAGAAAUCUAAGAGAGUAAGUAUUGCAGAAUGAAACCAGUCACAAGCAAUAAAUAUAACCUCAGACAUUUCAGCGUAUGAGUUUAGACUAAACAAACGUUUUUCUCUUUCUACACUGGAAGAUAUUGCUGAUGUAAUAUUUUUAAUGACAGGCCUCUGAUUACCAGUCUAGCUGCAUUGCUAUUUUAUCAGAUGUUUUGAAUAACACGCAUGAGGUGCCUGUAAACUGUAUUGACAUGUUUUUACUUUUAGGAAACUUAAUCCCUGAGUUUUUCACCAGAAGAUAUUGACUAUUUUUGAGUCUUUAAUUUUUAAGGUACUACUAAUGUGAUUUUUCAGGCAACACUUUGAAUAUUCCAUUUGAUUGUAGCUGAAAACUUUAAUGCAAAACCUGUUUGAAAGAAUUUAAUCUGAGACUUGCAGAAGGUAAUUAUUAUUUCAGUUAAUAUGACAAGACUGUCAAAGGAACAGCCAUUUAUUGCUUCUGUCACCCAAAAUAUGUGAUGGAAAACAGUAGGGUACACAGCUAGCAGUGUAGAAUAUAAGGUGCCAAGUAAUAUUUGUGUACUCUAUUGCUUUACGUGCAUGCACAUGCACUUACUGUUACUUUAUAAAUACUCAGAGUGUAUCUUUGUAAAAGACAUAAGAAAAUUCUAGACACAGGUAGAGUUGUUGCAAUUUAAAGGCACAAUCAGCAUUAAAGUUACUGCUCAUUACAAAUUAAUGAUUUGUAUACAUGAAGUCUGGUAGAUCUUCCUUCAAAUAUUUCGAUUGUGAAUAGGAUUCAAAGUAAUCAAAGUAUGAAAUUAAAAGGUUACAAGCAGCAAACUAUCAGAAAAUCCCAUGAGAAUCUAUUGCAUAUCCUAGCCCACAGAAAGCCAUAUUAUGCCAUAUAGCAUUAUGAUUCUAUGCUACAGAAAUGUAUAGCACCAUAGAUUUCCGUGGCAUUUAGAUCCCACAGCUAUGGUGCAAACGUGUACAGAACACACCAAUUGUGCCUUCUAAUCCAAUCACUGUAGUAUUACUAAAUGUCUUGGAAAAUACUUAUGAAACAAUUUUAGUCAAGGAUAUUAUUUAAAGUGCAGUUGCAUACGUUUCUGGUAACAGGUUUUGAGGCUUACAUGUAUAUUAUGAAAAUCCAUUUUCGUGUAUAUACAUAUUUUAAGCAAUGCCAGCUUUUUUUUAAAAGUGCAUGUAUUUGAAAGUGCCAUAUUGAUACCUACCGAAUGUGAACGUCAGUGUGCAUGUAUUACCUUUGUUUAAAACAUUUGUUGUGGAUGACUUCAUCAGACAUACAUGUAUUUGAAAAGAGCAAUUAUAUUUGCUUUGAACAUGUUAUAGAUGCAUAAAAAUUAUGAAGUGUAAAAGAUUUACAUAUGCAGCAUGGAAUUGGAAUAGUAGUGUUCACAUGCACAGGUCUUGGCAAAUAACUAUGUUUGGAAGAUUAUCUUUAACUUUCUUUACGUUGUUGUUCUUUAUAACAGUUUUGUAUUACCAAAGUAAUCCAGCUAAAGCAGCUUUAAAUCACUAAAUAACAUGAUUCCUGAAGGCUUUUAUUGGAUUCUUACAGAGUAUGUUCCAAAAUUAAUUUAAUGCAGGAUUUUGAUUUAUGCAGCGCAACAAAACAUGUACUCAGUGUGUUUGAAACUUUAUUUUGGUAGAAAAUAUGCAAAAUUUUUAACAGAAAGUUAAACUGUUUAGUUCCAUGACUUAAAGUUGAUGCAAAAAAUCUUGCAGAUAUAUUUGACUGAAUGUCAAACGUGGGGAUUAUGUGGUAAAAACCUAGAUACCAAACAAAUUUGGAACCAGGUCAAUGCCUAACCUGCCUAAAACAGAGCAGUAAUUUGUUGAGUUUUCUUUUGGCUUUGGUAUACAAAUAUUUUAAGGGGUAUGCCACUGCCUUUCUUUUUUGUGUUGUUGGUAAGGAAUUAAUACAGUCAGUAGCGCAUGAAAUAACGAUGUUGUGUUUACUCACCAAUUUGAGUUUAACAAGUUGGACUUUAUCCCACAAGGACAUUCAUGCAAUUGGUUGUGAACAUUGUUUAAUCCUCAAAUUUAAGGCAGUUCCAUUGAAAUAAUUGAAUCUUGAGUAUAAAGACACUGCUGAUGAUUUUAGGUUUACUGGAGCCGUGCGUUGAUACAGGUUCUGAUAUUGGCUCACAUGUUAUUCUUGUAAGAUCCGGCUUAACACUUUCAGGUGUGGAAAUAAUUAUUACCAUUGAUGUAACUGUUAUAUAUCUAUAAAGCAAAAACAUUGAGAAAUUCAUUACUGUACAAAAAAUUGGACUUUGCACGGUUGGACAUUCCACGAGUAUUCAGGAUUGCAAAGUUCAACUCUUUGUGAGAUGGCCGAGUGCCAGUGGUGUAGCCAAGAUGAACUAGAUUAUUUCAUUCUUUCUUCAUUCAAGAAAUUAAAUUGAAAUAACCUGAAUAAAUAAUUACUUUUUUCCUCUCUGCAUAUAUCAUGAAUAUAUCAUAAAUAUCCUCCAUAUUUCAUCAUCACAGAGGCUGUAGCAAAAGAAACAUUUGUACUUUACCAGCAACUGUUUCGAUUGGGAUUUUCCUUGAAUAAAAGGGGCCAUAAUGUUUCGGUUUUUUGUGCCUA